AUGUCUAAUAUCGCAUUCAAGAUACGCCAAGCUGCUCCCGGUAUUGACCAAGUGGUGGCCGAUUACGCAAGUGGAUACUACAACCACUUGUUGAAUGCUACCUAUGACGCAGUGCAGAGUAAGCAGUUGGCUUUGCCGCAGGAAGUUUCGUUUCUUCAGGACCUACUUAUGAACGCCGGCGGCAAAGACGACAAAGUUGAUGAGCUUUGUAAGGAAAUGCUAGAAAGAUUGUCGUUGCAACUAAAAGAAAACCAAGCCAAACUAGAGGUCACUGGUGAUACAAGUAAGAGAUUGCUGGAUGUAAACAUUCUCCAGCAUCACAAUAGCAAAGCUAACAUCAACACUUCGCUUGCCAUGUUGGGUGUUACUGGGGACAUAGAACACACUGGUCGUAAUGUCGACAGCAGAGUUGAUAUAAAGAAACUAGAAAAGGCCGAAAAGAAAAUCGCCAAGAAGGUGGCUAAGAGAAACAACAAAUUUGUCAAGUAUGAGGCUUCUCGUCUCAUCAAUCAGACCAAAGAGGAUGAUUAUGACUCGUUCUUCUUGAAAAUCAACCCGCUAGAGUUUGGCUCUGCAGCUGGUAAGUCGAAGGAUAUCAAGCUGGAUACGUUUGACUUAUACGUUGGCGAUGGUCAAAGAAUUUUGUCGGACGCACGAUUGACCUUAAGUUUUGGUCACAGAUACGGUCUGGUUGGUCAGAACGGUAUUGGUAAAUCCACAUUACUGAGAGCUCUUUCGCACAGAGAAUUGAACGUUCCUAAACAUAUUUCGAUUCUCCAUGUAGAACAAGAGUUGAGAGGUGACGAAACGAAAGCGCUUCAAAGUGUUUUGGACGCAGAUGUUUGGAGAAAGCAGCUUUUGACGGAAGAAGCCAAGAUCAAUGAGAGACUUCAAGAAAUUGAGAAGCUGCGCUCUGAGUUUGAUGAAGAAAGUCUGGAAAUAAAGAAACUGGAAAAUGAACGCGAAGAUUUGGACAAGCACUUAGAACAGAUAUCGGAAAAAUUAGUUGACAUGGAAUCUGACAAAGCUGAGGCUAAAGCAGCCUCAAUUUUAUAUGGUCUGGGUUUUAGUACCGAGGCACAGCAGCAACCAACAAACUCAUUUUCAGGUGGUUGGAGAAUGAGAUUGUCAUUAGCGAGAGCGUUGUUUUGCCAGCCCGAUCUGUUGUUGUUAGAUGAACCUUCCAAUAUGUUGGAUGUCCCCUCCAUCGCAUACCUUUCAGAAUAUCUGAAAUCAUACCCAUCCACGCUAUUAGUGGUGUCGCACGAUCGCUCUUUCUUGAAUGAGGUAGCUACUGAUAUUAUUUAUCAGCACAAUGAAAGAUUGGAUUACUACAGGGGUCAAGACUUUGAUACUUUUUACGCGACAAAAGAGGAGCGUCGUAAAAACGCCCAGAGAGAGUACGAAAAUCAACUGGCCUACAGAAAGCAUCUCCAAGAAUUCAUUGAUAAAUAUAGAUACAACGCGGCAAAGUCUCAAGAAGCUCAAUCAAGAAUCAAAAAGCUCGAAAAGCUUCCUGUUCUAGAGCCUCCUGAGGAAGAAAAGAGUGUAACAUUCCACUUUCCAGAGUGUGAAAAGCUUUCUCCGCCGAUCGUUCAGCUUCAGGAUGUUUCAUUUGGUUUCAGUGCAGACAAACUACUCCUAAAAGAUGUCAACGUAGAUGUUCAGAUGGACUCUAGAAUUGCCUUAGUCGGUGCUAAUGGUUGUGGUAAAACGACGUUGCUCAAAAUUCUCAUGGAACAGCUACGCCCACUAGAGGGCUACGUCUCUAGGAACCCAAGGUUACGUGUGGCCUACUUCACUCAACAUCACGUUGACUCUAUGGACUUAACAACAUCUGCAGUCGAUUGGAUGUCUGCAACUUUCCCGGGGAAAACGGACGAAGAGUAUAGACGUCACCUCGGCGCCUUUGGUAUUACCGGUACCCUUGGCCUACAAAGAAUGCAACUGUUAUCGGGAGGUCAAAAAUCCAGAGUCGCUUUCGCUGCUUUGUGCCUCAAUAAUCCUCAUAUUCUUGUUUUGGACGAGCCUUCGAACCACUUGGAUACUUCUGGUUUGGAUGCUUUGAUGGAUGCUUUGAGGAAUUUCACAGGCGGUGUUUUGAUGGUUUCUCACGAUAUUUCCGUUAUCGAUGGUGUGUGCAAAGAGAUCUGGGUUUCAGAAGAUGGCACAGUUAAGCGCUUUGAUGGUACAAUCCAUGACUAUAAAAAGUACAUCAUCGCGUCUGCGGGUAAAGCAGGUGUAGUCAAGAAACACUGA